AUGGAAGAAAGAACUGAGAUGGAUAAUAUGAAGGUUGAUGAUUUGAUGCCUGGUUUUCGUUUUCAUCCCACAGAUGAAGAACUUGUUGCUUUUUAUCUCAAAAGAAAAAUUCAACAAAAAUCUCUUCCUAUUGAACUUAUUAAGCAAGUUGAUAUUUACAAAUAUGAUCCAUGGGACCUUCCAAAGCUUGCAAGUAGUGGUGAGAAAGAAUGGUAUUUCUAUUGUCCAAGGGACAGAAAAUACAGAAACAGUUCAAGGCCUAAUAGGGUUACAAGAGCUGGAUUUUGGAAGGCCACAGGAACUGAUAGACCUAUCUACUCAUCAGAUGGAAAAUGCAUUGGUUUGAAGAAGUCACUUGUCUUCUAUAAAGGUAGAGCUGCCAAAGGUACCAAAACUGAUUGGAUGAUGCAUGAAUUUAGGUUACCUUCCAUUUCAGAUUCAUCAACUUCUCCUCCCAAAAAAUUCUCAGACAAAAGUUUCUCUCCAAAUGAUUCAUGGGCAAUUUGUAGGAUUUUCAAGAAAACAAAUUCUCUUUCCAUGGUGCAAAAAGCUUUAUCUCAUCCUUGGAUCUCUCAAUUACCAGGAAACAUGGUAUCUGAAUUACUCGGACAAACUACAAACAUCAAUCAAUUCUAUUCAGAAAAUAAUAUUUCGUGUGCAACAAUAGAACAAAGAUCAUCAACAACAACAAACGUACAAAUCAACAAGAAUGAGAUGCAACAAGUCACCAACACUAACAACAAUUUCUCACCAGAUUUUCCAACAUACAAACCUAUAAACAACAUUAACACAAUUUCCAAAUCCUCACAAAUUCAAGUUCCUAUUGGAGACAUUGUUGAUAACCUAAUGUUCUACAAUCUUGAAGCCAAUGGUUCAACAAAGUGCACAAUUGAUAAUGAUUGUUCAAUUCUUUCAAACACAGACUACAUUGGUUUUGAAGACACAAAUAAUCAAUAUAAUGGAUUUUCGAUUAGUGUACCUCAAGAUAUGCAACCUAACAUUCAAGAUCAAAUGCAGCUUAAUAAUCAAUGGGAAAAUCUUGGAAGAACACUUGAAUUUCCCUUCAAUUUGUCUCCAAAUUUUGAUAGUUUGAGGACUAAUGUUACAUGGGACAUACCACCUUGUACUAGUGAAAUUUCCACAACAUAUGCCACUAGUAAAUGUUACACUUAG